AUGACGAGAGUGGUAGUAGUGGUGGUGAUAGUCACAGAAACACCAAAAAACUCCACCACGACACAUAAGCCAAACUCCCUCCACCAAACUGAAGAUAUUUACUUGAAGUUGAAGGAAGGGAAAAAAAUGUCUCCACUUCUGAGAAGCAUCCUCGACAUCACUGAAAUUUUCAAUCAAUAUGCCUCACAUGAUUGUGAUGGGGCAGCAAUAAGCAAGAAAGACCUGAAGAAUCUCCUUGAAAGGGAAUUUGGAGAUGUCCUUCGGAGACCACACGACCCUGAGACAGUAGAUCUGAUCCUGGAACUUCUGGAUCGCGACUGUAACGGACAUGUCGAUUUCAAUGAAUUCCUCCUGUUCGUUUUCAAGGUGGCUCAGGCUUGUUACUAUGCUCUCAGCCAGGCUUCCGGGCUGGAUGAGAAGGGGGCCAGGUGUGAGGGAAAGAAGAACUCGCUACAAGAUCCCGGGCAAGAGGACGAGGGGAGAUUUGAGCCCCGGGACAGACAACUGGAAGAACACAGGCAGGAAAGGCAGGAACUGGAGCGGGAGCUCGCGGAGGAGGACAAGCAGCGGCUGCAGAGGCGAGAACCGGGAGAGCGCCCGGAGGAGGAAGGGCGGCUAAAGAGGCGCAAGGGUCGGGAGGCUGAGGGAUUUCUUGACCGAGAGCAAAGGCAAGAGAGGCGCGAGCUCCAGGAAGAAGAGCAUCUGCAAAGGCAGAAACCGGAGCAGGAGGCGCCGCGCCUGGAGCAGGAGCGGAGGCGCGAGCAGCAGCUGAGGCGCGAGCAGGAGGAGAGACUCGAGCAGGAGCAGAGGCAGGAGAGACGUGAGCAGGAGGAGGACAGACAGUUCCGUGAGGAGGAGCAGCUGCGCCGCCAGGAACGUGAGCAAAGGCUCCGCCAGGAGCGCGACAGAAAGUUCCGGGAGGAGGAACGCAGGCUGGGCCGCCGGGAACUAGGAGCCCUCUCCCAGGAGGAGCAACUGAAGCGCGCUGAGCGAGAGCAGAGCGUCCAGCAGGAGCGGGAAGAAGAAAAGCGCUACCGACAGGAGCAGGACAGGAAGUUCCUCAAGGAAGAAGAGCAACUGCCACGCGAAGAGCAGGAAGAGCUCAGGCGCGGGCAGCAGCGAGGCCAGCAGGACCGCGUGGAGGAGCAGUUAACCAGGGAGAAGAGCCGUCGUCAGGACCAGGAACUGCGGCAAGAAGAGCAGAGACGCCGCCAGGAGAGAGAGAGGGAAUCCCGGGAAGAACAGCGCCGCCGCCAGCAGGAAGAGGAGCGAAAGCACCGCGGGCAGGUCUGGGAAGACAGCGACGAGCGCCGUGGGCCGACUCUGGAACCAGGCAAGAGUCAGUUUGCCAGUGUCCCGGUGCGCUCCAGCCCUCUCUAUGAAUAUAUCCAAGAGCAGAGGUCUCAGUACCGCCCUUAAGAGAUGCUGCCAAUAUCCCGACACCUGCCAAACCUUACAGCAAAGGAGAAAGAAACACUGGUUGCUCAAAUGUUUCUGGUUGUGGGAGAACUCUGAUUUUCCAAACUAUUUUUUCCAAAAUCUUAAACUACACUUAUUUCUUGUACCUUCUACUCUUGCCUUUUAUUCUUCCUCAAGUAGUUCUUUACUACAGGGUGUCUUUGCUCUUUGGUGCAGAUGUGGUGUGCAAUUUUUAAAAAUAUAAACCAUUUAAGUUGUUUAAGGAGUUUUGUUUGGGGAAUGUUUAUUGCUUUCAAAAGUAACAAGAAUAAUACGAUUUAAGAUUCAAAUGAAUUGGGUCUGUUUGUUUUAAUGGUUGAUUCAUCUUAUGGAGAGUUUAGAUAUUUUUUAUGUUCCAGCUGGCAUUUUUUCUUGAGCCUAAAUUACAUUAAUAUUUAGCUCCAAAUAGACUAUUUUCUUGUGUGUGUGUGGCAUAAUACAGAUUCUGCAAGGGGACUGAAUUUUUACAAUCAUUGAAUACCGCAGUGGGGAGUGACUUCUACAGAAAAAUUCCCUGUUAAAUCAGCCUCUAACUGGAAGAAAUAUGAAGUUUUAGCUUCAAAACUUAAUUUGAAUUAGAUUUUUUUCAUACUUCAUAAGCACUUAAAAUCCCCAGAGGCAAAAGCAAGGUAUUUCCCAAACAACUCCAGAACUCAAAUUUUAAAAACUAUCUACCGUAGUCUAUAGUGCUCAGUUCUCACCCUCCCACCCCCAUUCUUUGAUGAAUUUGAGAAUAUUCCAACCUUUGUUCAUUUUAACUGAGAGGGAAGUGCUCAGGAUCCUGUAAACAUCUCUUUCACGCUGGAUCCAAUAAGAUAUCACAGCAUUUUGGGGGAAGGAAAGGGAAAAAUUUGUGAACAGAAGGGCAAGUUCCUAGAGGCCCUUAGAUGAGACCCGUCAGCUCACAAUCCUUUGAGACCUAUUGAUACUACCUUGGAGACAUCCUUGUUGAAAUGAUUGGACUAUAUAAAAAAUAAAUGUUUGGCAAACAAUUAUUUUUGUCUGUUUUGAUUAUGCAUCAAGUCAUAACAUCUAUUGAUCUGUAACUGAUAUAAGGUCCCACUUAAAAGUAUUUGGCUACUAUUAUCUAUGUCUAAAUAUGAA